GGCCCGGUGGCGGAGGCGCUGGUGGGCGGCGGGCCUGGCCCAAAGGCUGCCAGGAGGGGCGGCAGCGCCGGGGGCGGCGGAUACGGCUACGGUCCGAGCGCCGGCAUGAUGAAGAAGGGCAAGCAGAAGGGCAUGGCGGACAUCUUCCAGGGCUCCGUGACGGCGCUCGCCUUCCUCGCCUUCGCCGGCUACAUCGUCUGCCUCGUGGUGCACGCCAUCCGCUCCAGUGGAGGAACUGGAGGGGCGGAUGGUGGCGUCGGAGGCGGCGUCGGUGGCGUCGGCGGCAGCAUCGGCGGCGUCGGGGGCAGCAUCGGGGGCGGAGUUCCUCCCCCCGCGCUGGUACUGCAGCCUAUUGUCCUGGGCGGCGGUCGAGUGCGGCGGAGGCGGCGCGACGGGGGGCGGUCAGAGCCGGGGGCGGCCAGCGGGGGCGGCACCGCGGACGCCAUGUUCGGCGCGCUGCUCGCGUUCGCAGAAGGAUACGUCGGGGGCCGUGCGCGCCACCACCGCCACCUGGAGCUGUAG